AUGCUUAUUGACCAAUUAGAUUCAAUUUCUUUAGACAAAUGUUAUUGUGUUGGUAUUGUUUAUAUUUCUGAAGAUACUUUGACAAUAAACAAACUUAUUCAAUUAAAAAAAGAGCCAAGUUCUAGUUAUCUUGAUUUUAUAAAUCUUCUUGGAAAAAGUAAUGAUAGUAAAGUUAUUGAAUAUAAAAUUCAAUAUCAAACUAUACAUUACAUUGAUUAUCACCAAGUUUUGAAAACCCAAACAACAAAAAUUGAUGAAGUAUUAUACAAUAAUAUUCUUGUUGUAUUUACAACUUUCAUAGGAUAUAAUCCAACACACCUUCUCAAUUCUAAAGUCAAAACAAUUUUUGUAGUCUGUCUAAUAAGUGGCGUUUAUCAUAUUUCAAUAUGGCAAUAUAAAAAAUUAGGAAUUGGAGUUAUUCAAAAUAAUAGUGUUUUAUCUCCUUGUGAUGUUAAGUCAUUUUUCUCUUAUUCUAUUCUCUCCAUUAAUUCAUACCUUUCUGACUCAGAAAACUUAUUAAUGGAAAGAGAAUCAUUACUCAAUAAAAUACUUUGUGUUUCUUCACAACUCGAUGUUGGACUUAAGUCUCAAAAAUAA